AUGCCCGAAGAGAAGGCAACACCUGAGCAGCUGCCUGCAGCACAGCCUGCACAGUCUUCCUUUUCUGAUAUCCAGCGACCAAACCGACGAAACCGCGCCGACGCCCAAACUGGUACCAAGCAGGCACUGACAAUGGUCUCCCCUGUUGUCUUCACCAGACCCACUGGUGAGAGGCUUGAGGUUUACCCAUCAUCAGAUCAGCAACUUGAUCGCUUGAUACGCAACUUCCUGCGUCCGCAAGAAACUUUCAUUCCACAAGGCGCUUCCCGCCCUUCCAUCCACACUCCAUCAACGAUUGAAUAUCCACCCCAAACUAGCAACUGCCAGAAAGUCUGCAAGAAGAAAAGUGGUACCAAGAGACGUGGAAAAAAGAAGUUUCAGCAAACGACUGUGCAGCAGGCCAUCCAACAGUCUCUGCACAACAUGAUUGAAAGGGAGGAAAACAAUCUGUCCACGUGCAAGCUCUACCCCAUAUUCGCCUCGUAUGUCAAAAAUCUCUGUAAUCCACCAUUGCUCCAGAAUCCCCAUGUGCUCAUAGAAAGACCGUGA